AUGGCUUUUAUUCGCAAGGCAAGGCGCUGGGGCGUCAAUCUCCGUGUGUUAGCAUUUACUCGCAGGAUCAGAGGAGCUGUGCGAUCAGGGCGCAGGAACAGAAUAAUCUCCAAUGUAUCCCCAGAAGUAUUGGAGCACCACCGCCAACAACCCCAGCCUCAAGACCACCACGUUCCGCCGCUUGAAGAUGAGCUGAGGCCGCCCGAAUCCGAGCCUGAACGGGUCAUCUCCAUCAGAGAGAAAAUUAAGCAAGCUUGCAAACGUGGAACGCUCUGGGCAAAGCUCUCCAUAUACCGGAUCCCACACUAUCUCAAGGAUGGCGAGGACGAGGCCUACGUCCCUCAGAUCGUCUCCCUUGGGCCGUAUCACCAUGGUAAAGAGCGCCUCCGCCAGAUGGACGAGCACAAGUUGCGCUGCCUCCACCACAUCCUCACGCGUACCAGUCACCGGAUAGGCCUUUAUCUAGACUCGGUGAAGGAGGUCGAGGAGAGAGCUCGCGCCUGCUACGAGGGGCCAAUAUCCAUGAGCAGCGAUGAGUUUGUGGAGAUGAUGGUUCUAGAUGGGUGCUUUGUGAUAGAGCUGUUUCAGGGAUUUUACGACGGGGGGUUUGAGACACUCGGCUACCUUAGCAAUGACCCCGUCUUCUCGAUGCGGGGACCAAUGCACACGAUUCAGCGGGACAUGAUAAUGCUCGAGAAUCAGAUCCCUUUUUUCAUACUCAACCGGCUGUACUGCCUCCAGCUCGGCCACCCCGACCUAGAGGAGGAAUUGGCCCACCUGGCGCUCGUGUUCUUCGACCAUAUGAAGCCAACAGAGGCGACCGACCAUAUGAAGCCAACAGAUGCGACCAACCAUAGUAGCAACAGGUUGGAGUUCCCAUUACCUGACCUGGCUGAGCUCCAUUGCCUUGCAUUGUUCCGGCAAAGCCUCCUGCACCCGGGCGUGAAUGGGGAGGCACUACCUGAUCCGAGUGAGCUCCAUUGCCUCACAUUGUUCCAGCGGAGCCUCCUGCACCUGGGUGUGAACCAAGAGCCACCCAAGGACCAGUCACAAGGGCAGCAACAACUCAUCCACUGCGUGACAGAGCUCCGAAAAUCUGGGAUCAAGUUCAACAAGGGGAAGACAGACAAGUUCUGGGACAUCCAGUUCAAGGGCGGGAGCCUCCAGAUCCCCCAACUUGUGAUCCAUGAUGGGACAAGGUCGCUCUUCCUUAACUUGAUAGCUUUCGAGCAGUGUCACUUCAAAUGCGGCAACGAAAUCACCUCCUACGUAAUCUUCAUGGACAACUUGAUCAACUCCCCAAAUGAUAUAAGGCACCUCCACAAAUGCAAGAUUAUCGAGCACUGGCUUGGAAGCAACGCCGAGGUCGCUGACCUCUUCAAUGGGCUUUGCCAAGAGGUGGUCCUUGACAUCGACAUCAGUUAUCUUUCCACCGUGUCUACGCAAGUGAUAGACUAUUGCGGCCACAAUAGGCAUGGUUGGGCAUUCCUUCUCAAGGAAAAUUACUUUGGCAAUCCUUGGUCAAUCAUUUCCUUCGUUGCUGCUUUGGUUUUGCUUUUGCUUACUUUCACACAGACCUUCUAUACAGUCUAUAGCUACCACAAGCCGGGAUCUUGAUUUCUCAUACAGUGGAAAUCAUCAGUUGAGCACUUUACGAAUGUUAAAAUUCUGGUGAAAAUCUAGCAAUUAGGAUUGAGGCUAAUUGAGUAUUAGCAAUAAAUUUGCAGAUGAAUGCUUGAGAUGUGGAGGUCUCACCUCCUAAUGAAGAGAACAAUGUGAUGGUGGUCAAACUCAGACCGCAUGAACUAUAUUUGUC